GAUAAAUGACAUCAUUAAUCGAUUCGAGGGUGCUCUACGAGAGUGAUUUUUCCAUUUUCAACGGUCGACUAUGUUCUCUACGCAUAUCAGCUGUUACCAAUAAUGAAGAGGGUAUUGAAAAAAUUCGAAUAACGUCUCCUUCCGAUGCUACAAUUUUGCUAGAUACAUCGAUCAGUUCUGACGAGUGUUCCAGUUUUAUUGAAAUUUUGAAAGAAAUCUCCACGGCACGGAAAAGCGAUCCAUCGAUUUUAGGACCACGGAUUGAAACAAUACAUUCGGAAAAUGAAUAUCCAUUUCAAAUGGUUAUUGAACCGAUUAACAGAGAAAAACAUUCGGGAAAAACUCUUCCACUUUCUCAUCCACCACCACAGGAACGAUGUGAUUAUGUUCUUCAAUUAUAUGCAAAAGAAAAAGUACAACACCAAAGCCAAAAAACAAAAGUGGAAGAGUUGACGAAGCAACUUCAACAAGCCAGAGUUGAUUAUAACACACUAAAACAACGAUGUGACUUUCAAGAAAAAGAAAUUGCACUUCUCCGGCAGAUUACAAGUUCCACAGGAUCUGGAAAUCGAAAAAGAAGUCGUGACGAUUCUGAAACUACGCAUAUAAAAAAGCGAAGAUGUGGAUGUGGAGAUGAUGGAGAAUCGUGUGGUUCUGAUUGUGAUGGAAUGGAUGAUGAUGAAGAAGAUGAGACUGAUACAGAUGUUCAAAUGUUUCGAGCAGCCACAGCUCAAUUGCAAAUGGCUGCAGCAGGAAGGAAUACUCAAAAUGGCACCUCUUCACAUCAAAAACUGAAACGAAAAAUUCCAAAAAGUCAGUCGGUUUCUAUUGGAAAUGCUCGUGGAAUGGUCACACUUCCCAACUUAUUGCAACCAAAAUUAGAAGAAAGUGACGACGGAUAUAAUUAUUCUGGACGAAGCUCGACUCAAUCAAAUAUUGACAAGCUGGAGUUGGCGGUUCGUCGGGAGAGUAUAGUAGACAUCGGAAGAGCCGUCAUUGAUGGUAUAAAAAACAAAACUCUAACUGAAAAUCAAUUGGAGGAAUUUUGCAAAACCACUCACAGACCUAACAUCUCAAUUUUCCGAUUCUACAAAGAUUCGGAAGAAUGCACCAAAGAGGAAAAUGAAGCAAUUAUGAUGGGACAAACUGUUAUGAUGAAAAUGUUGGAUCCACAAGAAAAAGCAAUCGCCGGAGUUCAAGCAUCAAUCAGCUCACUUUCAGCAAGUUUUGCGAAUCAGACCAAGCUUGGACUGAUCAAGCAUCAGAGGCUUACUCGUUCAUAUGUGACUCUGCCUGUUGACUAUUUCCCUUCAAUCGAUCUAACGGAAGCCUAUAACUCAUCUAAUCUCUUCGGAGCCGACGCUACAAUGCAGCUCACCAACUUCUACCAAACUGUGCUCAAAAACGUUUUAAAUCCGGUUUAUAUGAUCUGGAUCUACACAUACCGGCCAUCAACUGUCAGAACUUGUGACAAACAUUUUGUGGAAUUCCCUCAAAACGUCAUUACCACGUUAUUUGAUAUGACUACCGAUAUUGUAGGCCUCUACCUUCCUGAAUACUUACUCGACGGUGAAAUUGACCCCAUGGACCCAUUUCUUCUAACAAUUGAUGCUGUCGAUCCAUUUGAAGAGAUUAUGAGACGUCGUACCGAAAGAAAAUUGGCAAACACUACAUUCAAUCAUGCUCUUGGAAGAGCAAUGAAAAAUCUGCGGAGCUACCAUUACGAUCCAACAAGAGGUAUUCUGUUGAAUUGCAGUGAAAAGAAGAACUGCGGAAUGCAUUUACAAUGGGAACAAAUGCGAAAGUUCCGGGAGUACUGUAGGAAGGAAAAUGUUGCCUGUGAUGAUGCGACUCCGGAAGAAAUGAUUGCUUUCAAUCUCCGUGCAUCUAAAGUACAUUACGAAGACUAUAGCCCUGGUGAUGCAUCUACAUCGUUGAAUAAUAUUAACCCGGCAACAGAAACUUAAUUGAUAAUUUCUAAAUUAUUUUGUUUUUCACUUCACUUAUUUACAUCUCUUCUUAAUUGUACGGUCUCGAGAAUAAAAAUUUUAUUUCUGGUUUUAAAGGAAUGAAAUUUAGUGAAAAUAAAAGAAACAAAAAUUGAGUAGUUGCAAAAUAUUUAAUUUUUAGGUAAUGUUUCAUCGGAAGAAGGAAAUAAAAAUGAAAUGCCAAAUUUUAUGGAACAACUCGAGAAGUUUUCCAGUGUUAUUGUAAAAGGUCCAAACCUUCCAUCAACCUCUACAAUGAGCACAAUGCACAUAAAAAUGGAAAAUGGAAAAGAGCAAUCAGGCCCUCUUCUACUACGAAAUUCACCGAAUGAUCAAAAUCAGAAAGUCGUUGGAGUUGUUCAAUACGUAAUAUGUCAACUGUGUCCAGAAGAAGAACAAAAAUCGAUGGAUUUAUCGAAUCAGAAGCAAAUGGAAGAACAUUUUCUGAAUAAGCAUGUUGAUAAGGAGAAAAAGAAAUGCGAAGCUUGUCCGUCGGAUCAGUUUCAGCCACAUAAUAUUGGACAACAUUAUCGAUUGCAUACAAAUAGUGUAUUUGCAUGCGAGCAUUGCGGCAAACGAGGACGUCGGAAUUUUUUGAAGACCCACAUUCGAACACACACUGGUGAAAGACCAUACAGAUGUGACACAUGUUCGAAAUCGUUCACCGAUGCCUCAACACUGCGUCGCCACGGACUUGUGCACACUGGUGAAAAGAAAUAUCAAUGCCCGGUGUGUGGACGAGCGAUUGCACGGAAAGAUAACGUUAAAGCUCACAUUCGAAGUCACGGAAUUCAAAUUUAACGCUUUUUUAUUGUCUAUCGAGGUAUUUUUUGAGUGGAAGCGUUGCUUUUUUUGUUUUUUGGAAAAUAUGUAAUAAAUGUAUUUGCACCA